AUGAAGAAAUAUUGUGGUUCUCCUCGGUCUCGAAAUGCGCAGGAGCUGCUGUGUCCUUGGGUACCUCACCAACAGGAGCUUUUCUCUUGCCCAUUCUGUGGAUCGUGUGUAAGUAGACUGGUAUCGACGAUUGGUUUUUUCGAUGAGAUGCGCGCACGACCCCAGGUCUUGUAUACGAUGUUCCAAGAUGUCGCACCGAUUAUACGAGUAGUCGGUUUUGCAAUCGAAAACUAUAAAAUGUUAUACUCGGAAAAAAUCGGCCUAAAGCGUACAGACCCCACAAGAUGGAGGCUUAAGACAGACGAGUUGGGCCGUGAAACUUGGCACUAUUUGUCUGAGGCAGAAAGCGCCCAAUCUCCACAAUCAAACUAUGUCAAGCACCUUCUAAAGGUGGAUGGUUUUCCGACUCCAAAACCGGAAACCAUUACUUCUCCAUUGCAAGCGGCCGAGAAGGGUGCAGACUUUUUUCAGUUGUUACAAGAACCUUGUGGGAUAUUUCCUUGUCAAUAUAAGGGACCCAUGUUCAUUACCCCAGGUGUUGUCAUCGCCAACUAUUUCACCAAGACUGAGAUCCCCGAGCCUUUUCGUAUUGAACUUUCUAGAUUUCUCGUCAACUAUGCCCACCCUGUCGAUGGUGGAUGGGGGCUUCAUACGGAAGACAAAUCUACAGCUUUUGGAACCACUAUGAACUACGUCGUGUUGAGACUUUUGGGUAUGGAUGCCGACCACCCCGUAUUAGUCAAGGCCAGAAAAACGUUACAUAGGCUCGGAGGUGCGUUGGUAAACCCCCAUUGGGGAAAGUCGUUUCUUGCUCUUCUCAGCUUGUAUGAAUGGGAAGGUGUCAAUCCUACACCGCCAGAAAUGUGGAUGCUUCCCUACGAGUUCCCCAUCCACCCAGGUAGAUGGUGGGUUCAUACCAGGGCAAUCUACUUGCCCUUGAGUUACCUUGCAGCCAACAGAAUUCAGCGUGAAUUGGAUCCGCUCUUGAAAGCCAUCAGAUCGGAAAUUUAUGUUCAACCAUAUGAGACUAUCGAUUUUUCCAAGCAUAGAAACACUGUGUGUGGUGUCGAUUUGUAUUACCCUCAUACAAAGGUUUUAGACGUUGCAAACUACAUCAUUGCCAAGUAUGAAAAGUAUAUUCGUCCAAAUUGGUUGUUGAAGAAGACCAAUGAACGAGUAUACGAGUUGAUUCAAAAAGACUGUUACAACACCGACUAUCUUACCAUUGCUCCUCUUAGUUUUGCAUUCGAUAUGAUGACAUGUUAUGUCCAUGAGGGUCCCGAAUCGCAUGCUUUCUCUCGGUAUGUCGAUAGAAUGAAUGAUUCCAUUUUCCAUGGACCCGAAGGAAUGACGGCUAUGGGGACCAACGGAGUCCAGGUUUGGGACGUGGCGUUCAUGAUUCAGUACCUUUUCAUGGCGGGACUUGCUGAAAAGCCCAAAUUUCACGAUAUGAUUCGCAGAGGGUUCAUGUUUCUUGUUCGGUCUCAGUUUGAUAGCGAGUGUGCGGAAGGCAGUUUCAGAGAUAAACGGAAAGGAGGUUGGCCCUUUAGUACCAAAACACAAGGUUAUACGGUCAGUGACUGUACUGCAGAAGCAUUAAAGGCGAUUAUCAUGGUCAAAAAUCAUCCAACUUUCGCCGAUAUGAAAGACAAAAUUCCCGAUGAAAACUUGUACAUGGCCAUUGAUUUGUUGCUUAGAUUGCAAAAUCGUGCCAGCAUUGAACCUGGAUCUUUUGCUGCCUAUGAAGUCAUCAGAGCAACACCAUUGCUCGAAAAGCUCAACCCAGCUGAGGUCUUCAACAAUAUUAUGGUGGAGUAUCCAUAUGUUGAGUGCACGGAUUCCGUUGUACUCGGUUUGACAUAUUUUGCAAAAUACUACCCAGAUUAUAAAACAGAUCAGGUCAAGUUUGCUAUUGAAAAUGCUGUGAAAUACAUUGUUUCUGCUCAAAACCCUGACGGUUCUUGGUACGGAUGCUGGGGUGUGUGCUUCACCUAUGCCUCCAUGUUUGCCCUUGAAGCAUUCUACACCGUUGGUCAAAGUUAUAACACUUCGAAAAGCGUAAAGUUGGGAUGUGAGUUUUUGAUCUCAAGACAAAGAGAAGAUGGUGGUUGGGGUGAGUCAAUGAAGUCUUGUGAAACCCAUACUUAUGUCAAUUCUGAGAAGUCAUUGGUGGUGCAGACUGCUUGGGCGCUUAUUGGGUUAAUCUUGGCAGAUUAUCCUGAUCAAAAACCAAUUGAAAAGGGAAUAAAAUUGUUGAUGGAUAGGCAAUUACCUACUGGUGAGUGGAAGUUUGAAAGCGCAGAAGGUGUCUUCAAUCACAGUUGUGCCAUUGAAUACCCAUCUUAUCGGUUUUUGUUCCCUAUCAAAGCGUUAGGAUUGUAUGAAAAGAGAUAUAAAGCUGGACUUACUAAACUUUAUGAUUAG